GUUAAAAUAAGCAAAAGGCAAGAAAAGUCUCGGCCUUUAUUGGUCUGUACAAUUCAAGACUUGUUCUCCUUUGCAAUUUUUUAUUGAGUCAAGCUCCUACUCAUUGAGUCAUUUCCUUGGCUUCGUUUGCUAACAAAUAAUCAUAGAGCCUGCACUGUCAGAGCUCCCUCUCAGUUUCUCUAUCUAGACCUCCGUUUUUCAUCAGGUGUUUAUGGGUUUAGGGUUUGAGUGAGAGAAUUGCUGGGAAAAGUUUUGAACUUUGAGGAGAUGGACAAACCGCUCGUGGGUUCUGAGAUUCAUGGAUUUCAUACAAUGCAAGAUUUGGAUGUUGACACUAUUAUGGAGGAAGCCAAAGGACGAUGGCUCCGCCCAAACGAAAUUCAUGCAAUACUCUAUAAUUACAAGUAUUUCACCAUCCAUGUCAAGCCAGUGAACUUGCCCAAAAGUGGCACCAUUGUAUUGUUUGACCGUAAGAUGCUUAGAAACUUCAGGAAAGAUGGUCAUAACUGGAAAAAGAAAAAAGAUGGGAAGACAGUCAAAGAAGCUCAUGAACACUUGAAAGUUGGUAAUGAAGAAAGGAUUCAUGUAUACUAUGCCCAUGGCGAGGAUAGCCCAACCUUUGUCCGGAGGUGUUAUUGGCUGCUUGAUAAGAGUCUAGAACACAUAGUCCUUGUUCAUUACCGUGAAACACAAGAGUUGCAGGGUUCUCCAGCCACACCUGUGAAUUCCAAUUCCAAUUCCAAUUCAAAUUCUAGUUCUAUCUCAGACCCAUCUGCUCCUUGGCGUCUAUCAGAAGAACUUGACUCCGGGGCUAACAAUUCAUAUUAUGGUGGUGCAAAUGAACUUUUAGAGCCUGGUAUCGGUUUGAAUGUUAAUAAUCAUGAACAAAGGCUCCAUGAUAUCAAUACACUUGAAUGGGAUGAGCUUUUGGUUACAUAUGAUUCCAAAGGAGACAAAGUUUCAGGCUUUGACCAGCAGAAUCAACUUGUGGGAAGUGGCGCCAUAAGUGGUGGCCCCUGUGAUUCCUCGGACAUUUUGGGUAAUGAUGGAUUGCGUAGUCAGGACAGUUUUGGGAGGUGGAUAAACCAGAUUAUGACCAACUCUCCGGGUUCAGUGGAUGACUCAGUGCUUGAAUCCUCAUUUCCACCUUCUCAGAGUUCAUUUGCUUCUCCAGCAAUGGAACAUAUUCAAUCUUCUGUUCCUGAGCAAAUAUUUAUCAUAACCGAUGUUUCACCUGCAUGGGCUUUCUCAAAUGAGAAAACAAAGAUUCUGAUCACUGGCUUCUUUCAUCAAGAGGUUUUGGAUCUUGCGAAGUCCAAUCUACUUUGUAUCUGUGGCGAUGUAUGUAUUCCUGCUGAAAUUGUUCAGGUUGGGGUAUAUCGAUGUUUCAUACCACCACAUGUGCCCAGAUUUGUGAACCUUUUCAUUAGUCUUGAUGGUCAAAAACCCAUCAGCCAAAUACAAAAUUUUGAAUAUCGAUCUCCUGUAAUGAGUAACUUAGUAGUUCCUUCAGGAGAGAACAAAUUGGAAGAGUUCCAAUUACAGAUGCGGCUUGCUCAUUUGCUUUUCUCAUCAUCUAAAAGCUUGAACAUUGCAUCUAGUAAAGUAUCACCACAUACCCUCAAAGAAGCCAAGAAGUUUUCCCAUAGAACUUCUCACAUAUCAAAUAGCUGGCAAUAUUUGAUCAAGUCAAUUGAAGUCAACAGUACUCCUUUACCACUGGCAAAGGAUAGUUUGUUUGAACUUAUUUUGAAGAACAGACUAAAAGAUUGGCUGUUGGAGAAAGUUCUUGACAGCUCUAAAACCAAAGAAUGUGAUGGUCAUGGUCAAGGAGUAAUCCACUUAUGUGCUAUUCUAGAUUAUACCUGGGCUGUUCGAUUGUUUUCAUGGUCUGGCUUGUCAUUAGACUUUCGUGAUAGACGUGGAUGGACGGCCCUUCAUUGGGCAGCAUAUCAUGGAAGGGAGAAAAUGGUUGCAGUUCUAUUAUCUGCAGGGGCAAAGCCAAACUUGGUCACAGAUCCCACUUCAGAAAACCCUGGUGGUUGCACUGCUGCUGAUCUUGCAUUCAUGAAGGGUUAUGAAGGAUUAGCAGCUUAUCUUUCAGAAAAGGCUUUGCUAAAACAAUUUGAGGACAUGAGUAUAGCUGGAAAUGUUAGUGGUUCCCUCCAAACUAACACAAACUGUUAUCAGCACUCUGAGAAUCUCAGUGAGGAAGACCUGUAUCUGAACGAUACUUUAACAGCCUAUAGGACAGCUGCUGAUGCAGCAGCACGAAUACAAGCUGCCUUCAGGGAAAACGCACUAAAAUUAAAGGCUAAAGCUGUUGAAUCUUACAGUCCUGAGGAUGAAGCACGCAGUAUAAUUGCAGCAUUGAAGAUUCAACAUGCAUUUCGCCACUAUGAUGCACGAAAAAAGAUGGCAGCUGCUGCCCGUAUUCAAUAUAGGUUCCGUACAUGGAAGAUACGUCAAGAGUUCCUUAAUAUGCGCCGUCAAGCUGUCAAAAUUCAAGCUGCUUUUCGAGCCUUCCAAACGCGGAAGCAGUACCGCAAAAUCCUAUGGGGAGUCGGAGUGCUUGAGAAAGCUGUUCUGCGGUGGCGCUUAAAGAGAAAAGGGCUUCGGGGGCUUCAGGUUGAUCCCAUUGAAGCUGAUGGAGAUGAUAAGCAGGAAAGUGAUACUGAAGAGGACUUCUACCGAAACAGCCGAAAACAAGCUGAAGAGCGUGUUGAGAGAUCCAUUGUGCGGGUUCAGGCCAUGUUCCGCUCCAAAAAAGCACAGCAAGAAUAUAGUAGGAUGAAGUUGGCUCAUACUGAAGCAAAGCUGGAAUAUGAAGAUAUUUUCGACCCUGACAAUAACAUGCGUGGAUAGUUAAAAGAAAGUCUUGAAGGCAAAUGAUAACAUCUGUGGUGGAGUUCUGUACUUCUGUACUAUGUGUAGCAUGUACAUGUUGUAAAUGCCUAGGAUGAUUAGCUUCGAGUAUUUUGACCCUUUCAGACGGUCUUAAAAUUGUUUGGAUGGUCAGUACUUUAAUACUGGUUCUUGGUUUUCGAUGUUCUUGGUAUCUUUAGUACUGUUCUUGUUUUUAA